UUUCUUCAUUGCCUUAAAAUCAUAAGAUUUAUGAUUAACCCAGCUAGAAUUCGACAAUAUUUACCAAGUAAAGCUUUCUGUGUUCAAGUUGUUUCGGCAGGUACUCUAGCCGCUGUAGGAAAUGUAAUAUGUCAAAAAUAUGUUGAGAAACGUGAACAUAUAGACAGGCGGCGAGUAUCACAAUUUGCAUUGACAACAAUGAUUAUCGUGGUUCCUAUACAAUUCCACUGGUUUCGAUUUCUUGAUCGUCGUAUUACUGGUAAAGGACGACUUCAAACCGCAAUGAAAAGAGUUAUUGUUGACCAAAGUUGUUUGGCUCCACUUUUAACUGGAGCUUUUCUAUUCUCUGUCAAUUUUAUGGAUUCUCAUUCAACAAAUAAUGCUUUACAAAGGACAAAACGAAUUUACUUGGAUGUAAUGGCAAAUAACUAUAAGUUUUGGCCUUUUCUACAAGCUGUUAAUAUGACUAUGAUUCCAUUACACUUUCGUGUAAUAUUUUUACAAUUUUUCGCCAUCUUUUGGAACAUUUAUGUUUCAUACAAAGCAAACGUUCUGUGAACGAAUGGAGGAUCUUAUACAAACAAUUAGAGCUUUUUGUUAGGAAAUAUGUUUAUUUUUUGUUAAUUUACUCCCUUAUUUUUAAUUUAUUUUGCUUUAAACGACUGUUAUUAUUAACUCGAUUAGUAAAAAUAAAAUUAAAAAAUACAAGGUUUAAUACCAGGGAUGUAACGGGUUGAGAAAAUUAGGUUGGGGUCGAAGAAAGUCCAAGUUUCUGGUAUCAGACAACCCGCGAAAUCCCUGGUUAGUAUAUAAAUGAUAAUUAAAAACUUACUUGUGUGAGAAUUAUAAAUUAAGGGAAAAAUUUCUUUUUUGUC